CGUUCUAUCCAGUCCAUUGCUAUCGCGUGUAGUGACACCAGUGGGUGUACAUGCUCGGAGUACACAUUUUUCGUAAUCGAUUCUAAGUCGCAUUCUUCUUCAGUACGUUCUCACAGAUCAGAGAGAUCACGAGUUCAUCGACAACGAGUUUAUCUCGUUCUGAAACAUACAUUAUAAGUGCAAAUCGGCCGCAGGCCUGACAUACAAUAUUAAGAUAAACGUACGUGCGUGCUCUUUUUGAGUGCAAUUAAGAAUACAAUCACGGAUUUUUUAGCGAAUAUAUAUCAACCAGUGUGAUAAAACUGCACAAAGUCAAACUGCUAAUUGACGACGAUGCUGCUUAGGCUACGUAUAACACAAAGUAUCCUAAAUGUUAUAUCUUUAAUAUUACGUCCGAUCUGGUUGUUCAUCUUCAAGAAACCGCCAAGUAUACCUCCACCAACUAUACCAACGAAAAAAUAUCUACUCACCUUAAGCGCCACUACUCUCGCUAGAAAGAUUAGACAGAGAAAGAUUACGUGCUAUCACUUGGUGGAUGCGUAUGCAGAACGGAUUAAGGAAGUGAAUCCUUAUUUAAAUGCAGUCGUUGACAAUUGUUUCGGGGAUGCUAUAAUUCAAGCGAAAUUGUAUGACGAACAAUUGAAAGCUGGCAAAUACAAUGCCGAAACUUUGGAAAAGGAAAAGCCGCUUUACGGUGUCCCGUUCACCGUUAAGGAAAGUUGCUCUCUCAAAGGCUGCAGCUAUACAGCCGGCUCUUUAGCCCGCAAAAAGAUGAAAGCGACCAGAGACAGCGAAGUAGUCGAGAUCCUUCGAAAUGCCGGUGCGAUCCCGUUAUGCGUUACAAAUACCCCCGAGAUGUGCGGUGGCGUAGAGAGUUCGAACCUGCUACAUGGUCGUACUCGUAAUCCUUAUGACACCAGAUAUUCUCCUGGAGGAUCAUCUGGUGGAGAGGGUGCAUUGCUUGGGGCAGGUGCUUCCUUGAUUGGGGUCGGCUCGGAUUUUGGUGGCUCCAUAAGAAUUCCGGCCGUUUGCAAUGGUGUUUUCGGGUUAAAACCUACGCCUGGAAUUGUUCCGUUAGCAGGACACCUUCCACUUAACGAAGAUGAAUUAUUUCGAAAAUUUUUGACCCUGGGUCCGCUAACCAGAUACGCGGAGGACCUUGACUUGCUUAUAAAAUUAAUCACGGUAAAAUGCGAUCGCCCUUUGCAUCUAAAUGUACCGGUAGACUUAAAGCAACUGAAGAUCUACUAUCAGCAAGGUUUGGAUAACAAGUUCUGCAUGCAUUCGGUAGACCCGGAAAUCAAAGAAUGCAUUUUGAAAGCCGCGAACCAUUUUACACAAUACAGUAAUUGUGUAAAGAAGCUACCAAUAGAAUUGCCAAAUGAUAUACUUGAAGUUACAAUAGUAACAUAUUUUAAUAUCAAGAAUCUUCCUAACUUGUUGAUAGAUGCUAACAAUCCCGGGCUCCGAAAGAAUUCAAUCACCGAGCUUGCAAAAUCUCUCUUCGGUUUGUCACAACACACAUCACAAACAUGUUUUUUCACCGUAACGUUUGAAACACAUUUGGGAUUGUCAAAAGAAGAUAUAUCAUAUUAUACAAAGAAGGGAGAAGAGAUUCGAGAAAAGUUAUUAAAUCUGUUGGGACAAGAUGGAGUACUUAUUUGUCCAACUUUCUCAUCUAUAGGAAUGUUGCCGGAAUUCAGUAUUUGUGAAAUUUUGAAUAUCUCGUACUCGAGUAUCUUCAACACAUUCGGUUUACCCGCAGUAAAUGUACCAAUGGGGCUCAGUCGCAAAGGAUUGCCUUUAGGCCUUCAGGUGGUAGCUGCACCUUACCAGGAUCGCCUCUGUUUAGCGGUUGCAAAAGAGCUAGAGGCAGCUUUCGGUGGUUGGGUACCGCCAUAUCCAGUGUCCAAUUAGCAAUUAAUAAAUGGUACAUGCUGUUUUAAAUGUAGAUAUUUAAUAUUUGUGCAUAAAAUUUUUGUACCCACGGAGAAUGGUAUUUUUGAACAAGAUAUAUGUAUCUUGUUGUUAAGAAUUUUAGUAAAUACAUAUAUGCAUAUACAUGCAUGUAUUGUGGGAAAUAUUUUGAACUUAACUCUACUCAUGACGAUAGAUAUAUGUAUUUCUGUUAUCAUAUACGCGCGAUAGAUGUGACAAAGACAUAUAAAUAAUUGGCCUAUAUUGUUUUCGAGAGAAAUGGCAAUCGAAAAUAACGAGCGACAGACGACAGAGAGACGAGCGCGCAUCUGCAGAGAGAUUCGCGUUUGAAUCGUAAAUUGGACUCCUUAAAUUGUAUGCAUUGUAUUCGCUCGAUUAUUAAAUAUAUUUUAAUAAAACACCUACAGUAUGCGUAUGUAUGUAUGUAUGUAUAUAUUAAAGAUGCUAUUGGAUAUACAUAAA